UUUAAAUGUCAUCUAGAGGUGGCCCAUAUUGUAUGUUUCUUGUCCAGAGAAAAAAAAGUAUCAUGUUCAACUAAAUUUAUGAUGAUGUAAUUGCAUCUACUGAAGAUCACAUGGGUCAUGCUCCGUGGAGUAAUUAGUUAUCAGGGCAAAAUCUAACAGUAUUGGCGCAAAUAAGCGAUUAUACUGUAAUGACACAGAGUCACUGGUUGCUCUUUAUGAGUAUUAUUUUCGGGCUACUGUCACCGUAACCCACACCUUACAAACUCUUAACUUUUUCAACAGAAUCGCUCGUAACGGAGUAUUUACUAGCAUAGCAAACCAGAGCGGAAAACCGGAACAUUUCUCAUCCACUGAGCUCGCCUUCAAAAUAAGACGUUAACCCUAUAAUUUACUAUUCAAACCCUUAAAAUACGUUUGAGGUAAUUUGGCCACUCCGGCUAUCCGUAGAUGUUUCCUGAUUACACAGGAGAGGGAGGGGUUUGGCUCAUCUGUCUGCACAAGCAGGUCGUAUAAACAACUCUGUUGGCAUUGAACGUCCCCAAAUUAUUAAAAACUGGGACACCAAAUGCAAAGUUUAGAGCAGCACAUUUUCCCUAGAGGCUCUCAGACUGAGCAAACUUGUGAGAAUACACGUAAUAACCACUUAUAGAUGGAGCAACAUGUCGCUAGCAUAGUGGCUAAUUGCUAGCAUAGCAGUUUGACCAGUUAUAUCGAUAUAAAGCUAUAAUGUCAUCUUGUAUCUUGUUUUAGACUUUCAUCGAUAUUUUAAAAAUAUCGAUAUAUCGCCCAGCCCUAGGUCUUAUCUAAUAAUAGAGUUUCUUAGAGUUACUUUUUGCCUCAAAUUUCUGAGAAUAAGUGAUCAAAGCUUCCAUUGAUUCUCUCAUUAUUUCUUCACUAUGCUUUAAGGGGCUCAGCAUGCAUGUAGGUAUAUGAAAACGCAGCACCUUGUCUGUGUUAGAGCCUCCAUUGUGUUUAUCAUGGACCUGUCUAAUUACUAGAAAACCUGCUUUUGACCUUUUCAUAUCAGACUCCGGGCAGAGACAUGAAAGAAUGACUCAAAAACAACAAAGACUCUGUCGAGUAUCUCUGAAAACGUUUGAUUCACGAGUUUACAGCGUUUUCUCCUCCUUGCUCACUCACACUUGUUUUGGUGGUUCGGGUGCGCUCCACACACGCUCCGGAUCUGCGUUAAAGUCCCGCCUCCAUUUGUUUGACAGCAACAGGCAGAUUUUUUCACAGUUUCUUCUAUUACAUUGAAACUCAAAACGGGAAACUGCCAAUAAUGCGGGACAUGAGUCUCAAUUUGCAGGACACAUGAAAAAUUAUGAAAAUGCGGGACUGUCCCACACAAAGCGGGACAUCUGGUCACCCUGUUCGUCAGACGCGCUCUAGGUUCCUCUUCACAGCUCUUCAGGGCUCUGUCGACAGCGACAUGUGUUGAAUGGUGUCCCAAGUGUGAGAUAAUGCUCAGAUUCUCUGAUGGGUAUCUUUUCUUGGUUGAUUUUGUUACCGCUGCAAUGUUCUACAAUUUAAAGGUGUGGAACACUGAAAAAACACUGUUAUAAUGAUUAUUUCUGAUUAUAAUCAGUCACUCUGAGUUUGUUAUGGAGGCUGAACGUGAAAAUAGCCUCCUACACAUGUCUCCUGCAUUAGCUUUUGAUAGAAAAUAGAUGGGGAAACUCUAGGAUUUGAAAAGUCUGACAGAUCUACGUUACACUGUCGCAACAUUCAUGGACUCACCCAUCUUGGCUCUCAACGGGGAAGGCUGUUGUUGGUUUAGCGUCCAGGAAUCGGCAGAGAAUGCCUCUGCUAGUAUAAGCUAACUGUUAGCAUUAGCCACUCCAACACACAGCAGAAGUCCUCCAGAGUGAUAGGUUUUGUUCCUUUUCAGCCAUGAUGAGUGCCUCUGUGCUGUCCUUCAGACCAGCUCUUUCUUGCCAUUGGUAGGAUUUCUUUAUAUUGGCCACUUCUGGGAAGGAGACCCCUUCUGUGUGGACUACCUUCCCUUUCUUUGUCACCAUCCGAUGACACUUUUCAAGUCCGAAUGACAUCAGUGCUGUAGAUCCUGGUGGUGUGGAUCAGUGAGUCGAUGUCUCGCUCGCUUUUGGUGUUCAGCUUUAUGUCAUCCAUGCAGAGGAGGUGGCUGGUUGUAGUUCCAUUCUUGAGUCGGUAUCUUGUUGAUUAUGUGGCUGAGGGGGUUUAGACCUAUGCAGAACAGCAGCGGGGACAGGGCGUCUCCUUGGUAAAUGCCCCACAUUUGAUGGAAGCUUGUACAAUUGGCCACAAGGGUGGUUUUCCACACCCCAUUGAGUUUGCAAUGAAGGCUCUUUGAGUCCUGCUGUUGUACAGCUCCAAUCAUUCAAUAAUCCAUGAGUGUGACAUUUAAUCAUAGGCUUUCUUAUCAAGCACACACAUUUACACUUCUUAGAGGAUUACUAUCACUGUCAGAUGACCAAACAGUUACCACAUGACCACCCUCCUCCCCUUCUGAAACAAAUACACAAACAGAAACUAGAUGGAAAUAUAUAUCGGUGUCUUAACAGUUUUACUUAUCGGGCCGAUACUGAUAAGGAUGCCAAUCCUAGUUAAAAUAAUAUGAAAGGGUGUCCACUAAUAGAUAUAUAUUAUAUCACUGUUGUUUUUACUAUUUGCUGCUGUUUUAGUGCAGGUUGUCUGUGUGCUUUUAUAUGUUCCAUGUUAAUCAUGUUCAGAUUAAAUAUGAAUUGUUUUUUUUUUCCGGUCCAAAGCUUUAUCAAAUGCAUUUUCACAUUAUUUCAACCUCAAAGUCUGGUGUUUCUCCUCCUUCCAGGCUCCAUUUAACCUCCCUCCAGCCGUGAACUUUGACCCCUAUACCCCUCGACUCAGUCUAGACUCAAAGAAGGUGAAGCAGUCGGAGGCCUUUACUGCAGCCCUGAAGAACUUUCUGGUGGAGCUCCUGAAACAUCCGCAUGAAACCAGGAUAACAAUACUUCAGAGAGGUGAAAAGGUAGCUUCUGCCACUGGAUUUACACAAGGGAAUCCAGCAAUUAGUCAGCAGUCAGAGCUUAAGUUCCCUCCUCCUCCUCUUAUGAGACUCCCCAGAUCCCACAGUCCUGGACCGCCCGCCAAAGCGGGCCAGAAGAAGAAGCCGCCAAAUAAAAAAGAAAACACCAAAAGUCCUCUCCAGUCUGCUGAAAACACCUCAGAAAACCUGAAGAAAUCUAUGGAAAACCUGAAGGAGGAUUUUGGUGCCAGAGGGUGUCAGGCUGCAGCUGAACCCAGAGAGAAUCCAGGAACUUCUGAACUUCCUCCAAAGAUCUCUUCUGCUGAAAAAAGAAGCGAGCUCCUGAAAUACAGUCAUGUUUUCAUGUUUGACCCGAGAACGGCCCACAAACGCAUCGCGCUCAGCGAGAACUUCACCAAGGCCUCUGUGUCAGACGAGCACACCAACUAUGUGGACUGUCCAGAGCGCUUUGCCGUCUGCUCCCAGGUCCUCGGCUCCAAGGGCUUCUCCACAGGCCGCCAUUACUGGGAGGUCCGGCUGAGCAGCAACAACUUCAUCGGCAUCGGCUUGGCGUAUGGCAGCAUCGACCGGAAGGGUCCCACCAGCCGGCUCGGCCGCAACGACAAGUCCUGGUGCGUGGAGUGGUUCAACGUGAAACUGUCAGCCUGGCACAGCAGCAACGAGCUGAUCCUGGCUAAUCCCAGCCCCAAGCGUGUCGGGGUGCUGCUGGAUUGCGAGGAAGGCAAAGCUACGUUUUACAACGUGGCCGACAGGGCGUAUCCAUUCCACUCGUUUGCAUUCAAAUUUACUGAGGCAGUCUAUCCGGCCUUCUGGAUUUUCUCCAGUGGCUCUUUCAUCACUUUGUGUAAGCUUCAAUAACGUGCACAUGUGCACACCAAGACACAAGUCGGGGAGAUUAACCAAACCCAAAAAAAAAAAAGAUGCUAAACUAGUUAUAAAAUCAGUCUUUACUUGUGACACGGUGGACUUCUAAACUAUUAUUUAAGGGUGUGCUUCUGUGGAAAUGUUAUGAAUAAUUAAUAUUUUCCAUUUUGAAGGACCUCAGUUUGGAGAAACAGAUUAGAUCAGAUUUUUUUCCUCAAAGAAAUGUUUUCCAUAUUCCUUUACGCUGCCAUGAAUUUAACUUUUCGACAGCUGGCUCUCUAAGGCUAAUGUAAGCUGGAAAAAAAAAACUGAAUUCGUAAUACACGACCCUCUAAUCUAGAGUGACUUUUGGAUUAAAGUUGCUUUAGACAAGCUGAAUCAUUAGCCAGAUUAGCUAGAUCAGAACUGUUCUCUGUUUUUCCAGACAUGCUGUUCACACACACUUCUAAAGAACUGCUAUCCUUUAUGGUUAGUUUCAACGUGUUCUAUUCUUGCAUGUUGGUUUUCUAUUAAACCAAUAAGAUAAAAAUGAAGGUUUUAUCCGGUCUGAGCUCAAUAACAGGCUGAUAACUAAAACCAUCACAUUAUUAAUGUUAAGGAGUUAAAAACAUGUAUAAAAUUGUAAUAACUCUCGGUGGGAGGUGCAUUCACGCACAGGGUGAGUUAGGUGUUGGGUCAGGUGACCACAAAAACGGGCGUAUCGAGCUUCGGAAAACGUUUCAGAGUUCUGUAGCUUGUUUUAUUAAAGAUGCUAGUGGAUCCCAGUUUGGGUUGGGGUCCAGCUGUGGGCCAGGAUUCACUGAGUCAGGGGUCUUUAAAUGAGCAACAACAUUCAAAAAUCUGUUGUUAUUGCUACAAAAAGAUCAUUGUGUUCUUGUAUAAAAGGUUCAUGAAGAAUUUUUGUAAAUUUCUGCUUUUAUUUUGAAGGUUAUGGAGCUAACAUUUUGGGAACCGCCACUGCAGAAAGGGGAUCCUCAGAGACUGUGACUCAUAUGAGUUUCAGUUCUUUUGAGGUGUCUUCAUAUACAAAAAUCAGGUUAGAAGCUACAGCAGCGAUCGUUUUCUUUCAUUUGAUCAAAUAUAGGAACUUCGUUAGAAACCAAAAGUACAAAACCAGUGUUUCCCGCCGUUUUUCAGGUGGAUGAUCUGUUUUGAGCUGUAGGUUUAAAUGAAAACUACAGAAGUUGAAUUACUUCAGAGUUCUGUGUUGGGAGAUUUUGGGAUGUUUUCACUGAGUUGUGGGUGUUUUUAUUUUAAUGAUAAACCCAGAAACAUUUUGCAACAGGAAAAAGAACCAUUGUGUUCUUAAUUUACUUUCUACUUCCAGUUUGAGAGCGUAACUAGAAAAAUGGUAAUAAGCAUAUAUUUAACUAUUUCUCUGGCAGCCCCAGCCAUUCUACAGGUAAAAUCAUCCAGCUUCUAAAACCAGAAUGUCAUUUGGCUUGCAAGGCCGUUUCCAACAUGUCUCUCAAAGUUUGCCGUGGUUCUUAAUGUCUUUGCAUGAGUUACGGCGUCUGACUGUCAUGUUACUAGAAUUUUAGCCAUAAAUAUUCGAGCAUAGCAUUUUUUUAAAUAGUUACGUCAUCACAGGCGUCUCGAACUUAAGAAGUUUCCACCUAAAUGUCAAAUGAGGCAAGGAGGAAAACAGGAAAAGCUGAGACAUAAACGAGACACUUUGUGAUGAAUUUGAAACCGUUUGCAACAGUCGCUAUUACGUCAUCUGCCCCAUGUGAUACAGCCACGUACAUAACAUCUACCGACGUACAGACCAAAGAUGCAUAUUCGACCAACUUUGGUUUCUCCGAGUCACUACGCUGGAGCGGUGAUUGGAGAUAAAAAUAGAAUCUGACUGCAACAAAAUUAGGAAUCAUCCGUUUACGUUGCAAAUACAUUGAGUAUUUUUUAAGACUUCUUUUUGGGACCAAAAUGCUUCAUGACAUUUUGUGAGGAAGCUACUAUUUUUGCAGUUGCAAAAAUGGAACCAAUCUAGUGUGAUUGCAACUGCAAAUUUGUGCAUUUUUCUUUAAACUAGUUGCUAAGUGAGAACUUGACCUGUGACUAUACGGAGAGAAUAACGAAAAGUGCGAAGGAAUUCAUGGUAAAUUGCAAAGGAACUAGGACUUUACUAAAAUACUUAGUGGCAAAUUUACAACAAGAAUAUUUACACACAUAUUGGAACAUUUCUGCACUUAGUUCUGUUGCAAAUGCAAAAGAAUAAAAACCCAGUGUGAUUGCCACUGAAUUUAUGCUUUCCGCAAUUUAGAAUCAUAAGCCAAUCACUGAGUUUUUGGCUUUAAUCUGCAUUUAAAAGUUUGAUUGGACUGGCUACUUUAAAAUACUAAUGAUUGUUCACUCUUUGUUCCUCUGGUUUUCCUAUGAUACUGAAACUCGAUGCUUUCCAAAACAUAAUUGCUCGAUCUCAGCUAUUUGAUGUAAUUGAUGGUAGGUUGAAACAGACGUUAUACGGCAUUCUGUUUUAAUCGUGAAACAUCUGCAUCUCUCUCUCGGGUUGAACUUUACCUUUUGUGGUGGGGUUGUAAAAAUGAAAAGAGAGAUGACAGCGUAGUCUGGGUUCUGAGUUGAUCCAGGCUUGUUGUGUUUGAAAUGAAACUUUUUCCAUGGUUGGUGGGUUAGCCAUCAGAAUACCCUGUUGGCUUGUUUCUAUGGUGACAUGAUGGUAAAAUGUUCACAGAACUAUAAAAUGUGUUAUUUUACUCGUGCACUCUGGUCAUGUUGGUUCAUCUUUAUGGUUCUGAUCAGCAUGUGUCAGCUGGGUCAUUAUUUGCAUUUGUUGUUAUGGUAAUAAAGAGAUUUGGUAAAA